AUGGAGCAAUAUGCAGGCACCGUGGAUCCGGAGGAUCACCUGGAGACUUUCAAGUCCCUCUUGUUCUUCCAAGCUGCUUUAGACGCUAUAAUGUGUAGGGCCUUCCCCUCCACCCUAAAGGGAGCGGCGCGACAGUGGUUCAAUAGGCUCCCUCCACGGUCUCUCUCCAAUUUCACAGAUCUAGGCAGGGCCUUCUUGGCUCACUUUGUAAGUAGUAGAGUCCACAAGAAGAUAGCAGCCAAUCUACUGGCCAUAAAGCAGCGCCCCAAUGAAUCCAUUAGAGGUUUUCUUACAAGAUUCAAUAAAGAAGCCCUGGAGGUGCGAAACUUGGACCCCAUAGUGAAGUUCCAGGCGUUGCGUAGUGGAAUUCGAGAUGUCGAGUUAAAAAAGUCCUUGAUCAUGGAUGAACUAGGAGACAUGUAUGAGCUAUUCUCAAGAUGUGAAAAGUAUAUCAACUUGGCCGAAGUUCUUACGGCCGAGAAAGAAGAUAAAACCGAGAAGAAAGCACAGGAGAGAGAGGAGACCCCCCGAGAAGUUGGCGCAAAACGCAGCCGAGAUGACAAGGAGGGUAGAAAAAAGAAAGAUGAUGGGAAAGCAUGGGUACCCAAAGCUGCAGAUCUGGAAUCCGAGCCGGACUAUAUGGCCCUGACUCAUACCCGAGCACACAUCUUGAAUGAAAUCAAAGACCAAGUGACCCUACGUUGGCCGGCCAAGAUGGUCAAGCCGGUGCAUGAGCGCAAUAAGAACAAAUACUGUCAUUUUCAUCAAGACCACGGUCACAACACCGAGGAGUGCCGGCAGUUGAAGGAUGAGAUAGAAGCUCUCAUCUAG